AUGCUACGCUGGUCAUCUCUUAACCUUGCAGACAUCAUGGUGCAGGAGUUUGUCAAGUAUGGGGCCCUUGACCUGUACCUGAAGAGGGAAGGGUCAGUGUCGGUCCGUUGGAAACUUGAUGUGGCCAAACAGCUGGCUUGUGCCAUUAAUUUCCUGGUGAGAUGAACCUGAUCUUUUUGCCCUGAUUUCUCUUUCUUUUCAGUUGAUAAUACUUCAUUUCAGUGGAAGUAUUAUGUAUGUUGUCUGAAGAAGCACUUUGGUUCAGAUAGUUAAUCAAACAUCUAUAGAUAAUCUAUCUUUAGAUGUUCCUUAAAGGGAAGGUUGCUGUUAAACAGUCUGAUUGGUUUCAUCCUUCCCACUAAAAGUCCCAAUACGACAUAUUACUUUACAUUUGUAUUUUGGGAGAAAUUGAUAUUUAUUCGAAUUUGACCGAAGUCGUGUCGGAAAAGCAUUCGGAAAAGUGACGUCUAGAGUAGAACACACGAGUGAAUACACAGCAGGAGUGAAGCCAUUGUCCACAUAAGACAGUAAAGACCCACAUCAUACCAAGUCCUCAUUGUUUAAAAAAAAAUAUUUUGGCACUCUGAAUAAAGCCAACUUAUCAUCUGACCAUAUCCUGUUAUUUCUUUAUUCUGUAUCAGCAAAAAAGAAAAGCUUUUAGAAUAGCCACUUUUACACCCCUGCUGGCUUACCCCUACUAGCUAACCACUAGCAGCCUUGAAACACAUCACUUAUUAGCAGUUCAGCACAUCAGCAUUUCUCAUACUUACACAAAAUCAAGAUAAACCUUUACCAUCAUAGUAGACAUUGAACAUCUAAAUUUAUAACCAAACUGGCUAAAACUCUGUUGUUGGCCGAUGGUAACUAUAGCUAGCCUCAUGCUAACCAGAGUGCUAACGUUACUAACGUUAUUAGCAGCAGUAACUGUCACGGUUUCGGCCGAGGCUGCUCCUCCUCCUUGUUCGGGCAGGCUUCGGCGGUCGUCGUCCCCGGAGUACUAGCUGCCACCGUUCGAUGUUUCAUGUUUGUUUGGUUUUGUCUGUUUGUACACCUGUCCCUUGUUAGUGUUUGAUUUGGUUGCCUAUUUAGUUUUCGUGUGUGGGGGCAGGUGUUAUGUGGUAUUGUUUAUUUGUCAAGCUGUUGCUCUUUGAUAUUACUCUCAGGAUUGUUGUUUUUCCGAGAGUCCGCACUGUGUGCGCUAUCGUCAUUUUUACACACUGUGUGUGUUGUACGUACUUUGUAUUUUGCCUCCCGGUUGGGUUGGCUGUUCGCCUGUUUGGUGCUGUUAUUUUUGUGACUAAAGUCUGUUGACGAACGCCCGUGUUUCCUGCGCUUGAUUCCUCACCGCAUCUACACUCAGCUACUGACAGUAACAGUAAAUCCAGGUAUAAUGGCUACCACAAACUUUUUUCUAAGAGUGUAUAUGAGUUUUUGAUAAAUGUAAUUCAAAUGGCAAAAAUAGAAGUGUAUAAUAUACAAUAUAUAUACAGUACCAGUACGACAGCUUUGCACACUUGGCAUUCUCUCAACGAGCUUCAUGAGGUAGUCACCUGGAAUGCAUUUCAAUUAACAGGUGUGCCUUGUUAAAAGUUAAUUUGUGGAAUUUCUUUCCUUCUUAAUGCGUGUGAGCCAAUCAGUUGUAUUGUGACGUAGUAGUGGUAUCCAGAAGAUAGCCCUAUUUGUGAAAAGACCAAGUCGAUAUUAUGGCAAGAACAGCUAAAAUAAGCAAAGAGAAACGACAGUCCAGGAAAUCCGGAAAAUGUCAAGAACUUUGAAAGUUUCUUCAAGUGCAGUUGCAAAAACCAUAAAGCGCUAUGAUGAAACUGAGGACUUUCACAGGAAAGGAAGACCCAGAGUUACCUCUGCUGCAGAGGAUAAGUUCAUUAGAGUUACCAGCCUCAGAAAUUGCAGCCCAAAUAAAUGCUUCACAGAGUUCAAGUAACAAACACAUCAACUGUUCAGAGGAGACUGCGUGAAUCAGGCCUUCAUGGUCUAAUUGCUGCAAAGAAACCACUACUAAAGGACACCAAUAAGAAGAGGAGACUUGCUUGGGCCAAGAAACACAAGAAAUGGACAUUAGACCGGUGGAAAUAUGUCCUUUGGUCUGAUGAGUCCAAAUGUGAGAUAUUUUGUUCCAACCGCCGUGUCUUUGUGAGACGCAGAGUAGGUGAACAGAUGAUUUCUGCAUGUGUGGUUCCCACCGUGAAGCAUGGAGGAGGAGGUUUAUGGUGUGGGGGUGCUUUGUUGGUGACACUGUCAGUGAUUUAUUUAGAAUUCAAGGCACACUUAACCAGCAUGGCUGCCACAGCAUUCUGCAGCGAUACGCCAUCCCAUCUGGUUUGCGCUUAGUGGGACUAUCAUUUGUUUUUCAACAGGACAAUGACCCAACACACCUCCAGGCUGUGUAAGGGCUAUUUGACCAAGAAGGAGAGUGAUGGAGUGCUGCAUCAGAUGACCUGGCCUCCACAAUCACCCGACCUCAACCCAAUUGAGAUGGUUUGGGAUGAGUUGGACCGCAGAGUGAAGGAAAAGCAGCCAACAAGUGCUCAGCAUAUGUGGGAACUCCUUCAAGACUGUUGGAAAAGCAUUCCAGGUGAAGCUGGUUGAGAGAAUGCCAAGAGUGUGCAAAGCUGUCAUCAAGGCUACUUUGAGGAAUCUCAAAUCUCAAAUAUAUUUUGAUUUGUUUAACACUUUUUGGGUUACUACAUGAUUCAAAUAUGUGUUAUUUCAUAGUUGUGAUGUCUUCACUAUUAUUCUACAAUGUAGAAAAUAGUAAAAAUAAAGAAAAUCCUUUAAAUGAGUAGGUGUGUCCAAACCUUUGACUGGUACUGUAUAUAUUUUUUAAUCAGCUUUGGCAUAAAGACCAUUUAGUUGGAAUAUAAUCAAUCUACAUUGUUAGAUUUGUGGAAUAUACUGUAUAUCUUGCAAUCUUUCCUUUAAGUGUCAAUACUAGUGUUUACACUAGUUAAACUGCUACUGUUUGCUCAUUGGUUGUUGAAAUCUAUUAAAAAUAAAGUGUUACAAUUUUUGUUCCUUCAUCAAAUAGGAAGAGAAGAACAUUAUUCACGGAAAUAUUUGUGCCAAAAAUCUGCUCCUGGCCAGAGAGGGAGACGCAUCCCAAGGUAGCUCUCCUUUCAUCAAGCUGAGUGACCCGGGCAUCAACGUGGCAAUGUUGGGCAGAGAUGGUAAACAGUCAUACUGUAAUACAGAAAUUGUACAUGCAUUGGAAUUGGCCUCCAAAAAGUGAUUUCAUUUAUUUAAGAACCUAAUGCUUUAACUGUUCAUGUUCUUUAUCUACUGUGUGUGUGUGUGUGGUGUGUGUGUGUGUAUGUGUGUGUGUGCUCGUGCUCGUGUGUGCGCGUACAGUAGUGCUAGACAGGAUUCCAUGGGUAGCUCCAGAAGUGCUGGAGGCUCCAGAGAGGCUAGAGCCGGAGUGUGAUAAGUGGAGCUUUGGUGCCACGCUAUGGGAGAUAUUCAAUGGAGGAAAGGCACCACUACAGGGCCUGGACCUAGAAAGGGUACAGUUCUACCAUUUUCUACCACAAACACAACCAUGUACAGUAUCUGAUAUUGGCUUACCUUGUGGUUAAGGGCCAAAAUAGUUUAUUCAUGAAACCUAUUAUCACCCGAGUUUCAGGAAAAGCUUUUUAUUUUCUCUAUAAAACCCACAUGAAAUUGCCAACUGUUAUUUCUCCUAGGCUUUGUCAACAUCCUGAGUACUAAACGUACAUUAAUCCCAUCUGAUGAAUUUGUACGCGUUUUAUUUCAUUUUUAUGUAGUCAAAUUCCACUCAAAUUCACACAGCGUUGAGGUUUUUUGUAUAAACCCACUACGUUGAAUUAACCUCUGCGUUUUUUUAACAGAAGCUGCAGUUUUACGAGACCUACAAGCAGUUGCCCUCCUCAGAGUGGACAGAACUGGCAGAUCUCAUCAGCCAGUGUAUGAACUACAAGCCUGCAUUCAGGCCCUCCUGCCGGAGCAUCAUUCGUCAACUGAACAGUCUGAUAACGUCAGGUACUUCUCACUAUUGAACCCAAACUAUGUUACUUAAAACACCUGAUGUGGUCCAGAUGUAGAGUUUCCACCUGUUAUUUUUCUGAUGGGAAUGUGUUUAGUAAAACACAGCUAACCCCAAAACUGUCCUUUAGUCCCUUUCUUUUAUUGGCCUGUUUGCUCUACCUUUAUUCCCUGAAUACAACAGGGGAAAGCUUUCAAAUUUUAAGUGAACCAAGUCCUGUUUGCAGAAGUGCUGUUUGCAUAAAUACACUUGUGAUUUGUAGAGCUGAGUAAAAUCACAACACACAAAGCUAUGAAACAUGAAAUUGGCUCUUUACCUUAAGCUGACCUCUACUUGCUGAUUAACCUUUUAUUUCUUUAAUUUGGAGGAUAUCUUUGCUCUGAGGCAAAGACCUUUCGAUCUGGCCCUAUUUGUAAGGCGGAUUUAUGAAAGGCAUUAGUAGUGACAUCCUCUUCCGCAGAUUACGUGAUACUCCACGCUGCAGAGGCUCUCCCUGAUGGCGACAGCUUCUGGAGAGCAUUAAGCCCCUCCCACCCGCAAGACCAAUCAGUGUAUGAGGAGAGACACCUGCGCUACAUCUCUCCUCUGGGGAAGGUAACCUGUCAUCUGCAUGGGCUGCAUUCCUACAAUCUGUGGCUUCCUAUCCUCGUCUCUUUUGUUGUCAAUUGAGUCUUUGUAAACUAACAAAGUAUAGCUUUAAAAAGCUAUGACGAUCAAUUUCAUACUUUCAGUCCUUGCAUCCAUAGCUAUGACUUUGAGAGUGGUUGCAUUUCCCCAUCCCCUGGCUCACCAAACAGUGGCAGGGUCAAGCGGUUGAAAUUACUGACCAUCUGUUUUCAGAUAAGAUUUGGCGAAUGAAAGAAGAGAAUGAGAAAAAAAUGCUAUGUAACAGUAUUGGAACAAAUCCCUAGAAAUUAUCACUUCACUUUUUAUCAUGUACCACAAAAGGACACGCAACUAGCACAUCUGGUUCCUUGGAAGUUUUGGGAACAUAUAUUUUUGGUUUUAUAAACAUUCUGAGAAUGAAAGUGAAAAUUUUGCCUGUUCUGGGAAUGUACAUUUUUAAGUUGCAGGGAGGUUCUGAGAAUUUUACUAUGGUUCCCUGAAUGUUUUCCUGGGAGGUUUUAUUAAUGUUCUGAGAACAGAGAUUCUAGAUUAUUUUAAGGUAAUUAAAUAACGUUCUGAGAACAUUCUCUAAAUGUUUUGAAUGAAAUGUAAAGGUUAUUUAUAACGUUCAAUGAAUGUUUCAAUAAGACUUUAAAUAACACUGCUAGCUUAGUUUGGGUUAACUGUUUUGAACUCCAAGCACAGAUAGGACACAUGGAAAUUAAUUUGCUUAGACAUUAAUCAUGCAAACACAUACAUUUUUUAUUGUGACAAGCGUAAGUGAGAUUCGAACUGCUAGCUAGGUUUCCAUCCAAUUGGCAACAGAUUUUAAUGCGAAAAUUCAAAAAUCUGCAUAAAGAAAAUAUGUGCAUUUUCCCACCAGUGGUGUGAUUACACCAAACUGACUUGUUGCAGAUAAAAAUCAGUGCAUGAUGAAGUAAUGCACACAAAAUGUACUUUUUCGCUUAAGUUGUCAUUUACCAAAUGUUCCCAACGGAUUUUCAACUCUACCGAUAGUUUGGUCACAAACUGUUGCAUUAAAUAGAAAAUGUGCCUACUCUGGUCUUGGCACGUGCGCUCGCAGAUACAGAGCGGGUAGGCUCUUGCCGGUAAAUUAGUCUACAUGAGAUUAUCAUGGAUAAGAGCGAGAAUAUUUUUUUGGGUCAAAGGCAGUCAAGCAUCGAUCAUCAUGUCACCAGAAUAAGACCCUCAACAUUUAUUGGAAAGGAGCGUCAAGCUCAUACCGUGCACUUUCACCACCCUGUAAAGUUCAUCAUAAUUUAUUUAAUCUGUAGCCUAAUAAACUGCAUAGUUUCCCGAGUCGUAGUGGGAGAACCACACACCAUGUCAUCACGUGACUCGAAGUUUACUUCGAUAUGAUGGUUAUUAUACAGUGGGGGAAAAAAGUAUUUAGUCAGCCACCAAUUGUGCAAGUUCUCCCACUUAAAAAGAUGAGAGAGGCCUGUAAUUUUCAUCAUAGGUACACGUCAACUAUGACAGACAAAUUGAGAAAAAAAUAUCCAGAAAAUCACAUUGUAGGAUUUUUAAUGAAUUUAUUUGCAAAUUAUGGUGGAAAAUAAGUAUUUGGUCACCUACAAACAAGCAAGAUUUCUGGCUCUCACAGACCUGUAACUUCUUCUUUAAGAGGCACCUCUGUCCUCCACUCGUUACCUGUAUUAAUGGCACCUGUUUGAACUUGUUAUCAGUAUAAAAGACACCUGUCCACAACCUCAAACAGUCACACUCCAAACUCCACUAUGGCCAAGACCAAAGAGCUGUCAAAGGACACCAGAAACAAAAUUGUAGACCUGCACCAGGCUGGGAAGACUGAAUUUGCAAUAGGUAAGCAGCUUGGUUUGAAGAAAUCAACUGUGGGAGCAAUUAUUAGGAAAUGGAAGACAUACAAGACCACUGAUAAUCUCCCUCGAUCUGGGGCUCCACGCAAGAUCUCACCCCGUGGGGUCAAAAUGAUCACAAGAACGGUGAGCAAAAAUCCCAGAACCACACGGGGGGACCUAGUGAAUGACCUGCAGAGAGCUGGGACCAAAGUAACAAAGCCUACCAUCAGUAACACACUACGCCGCCAGGGUCUCAAAUCCUGCAGUGCCAGACGUGUCCCCCUGCUUAAGCCAGUACAUGUCCAGGCCCGUCUGAAGUUUGCUAGAGUGCAUUUGGAUGAUCCAGAAGAGGAUUGGGAGAAUGUCAUAUGGUCAGAUGAAACCAAAAUAGAACUUUUUGGUAAAAACUCAACUCGUCGUGUUUGGAGGACAAAGAAUGCUGAGUUGCAUCCAAAGAACACCAUACCUACUGUGAAGCAUGGGGGUGGAAACAUCAUGCUUUGGGGCUGUUUUUCUGCAAAGGGACCAGGACGACUGAUCCGUGUAAAGGAAAGAAUGAAUGGGGCCAUGUAUCGUGAGAUUUUGAGUGAAAACCUCCUUCCAUCAGCAAGGGCAUUGAAGAUGAAAUGUGGCUGGGUCUUUCAGCAUGACAAUGAUCCCAAACACACCGCCCGGGCAACGAAGGAGUGGCUUCGUAAGAAGCAUUUCAAGGUCCUGGAGUGGCCUAGCCAGUCUCCAGAUCUCAACCCCAUAGAAAAUCUUUGGAGGGAGUUGAAAGUCUGUGUUGCCCAGCGACAGCCCCAAAACAUCACUGCUCUAGAGGAGAUCUGCAUUGAGGAAUGGGCCAAAAUACCAGCAACAGUGUGUGAAAACCUUGUGAAGACUUACAGAAAACGUUUGACCUGUGUCAUUGCCAACAAAGGGUAUAUAACAAAGUAUUGAGAAACUUUUGUUAUUGACCAAAUACUUAUUUUCCACCAUAAUUUGCAAAUAAAUUCAUUAAAAAUCCUACAAUGUGAUUUUCUGGAUUUUUUUCUCUCAUUUUGUCUGUCAUAGUUGACGUGUACCUAUGAUGAAAAUUACAGGCCUCUCUCCUCUUUUUAAGUGGGAGACCUUGCACAAUUGGUGGCUGACUAAAUACUUUUUUUCCCCACUGUAUAUAUAUACAAUACCAGUCAAAAGUUUGGACACACCUACUCAUUCCAUGGUUUUUCUUUAUUUUUACUAUUUUCUACAUUGUAGAAUAAUAGUGAAGACAUCGAAACUAUGAAAUAACACAUAUGAAUCAUGUAGUAACCAAAAAAGUGUUAAACAAUUCAAAAUAUAUGUUAUAUUUUAUAUUCUUCAAAAUAGCCACCCUUUGCUUUGAUGACAGCUUUGCACACUCUUUGCAUUCUCUCAACCAGCUUCAUGAGGAAUGCUUUUCCAACAGUCUUGAAGGAGUUCCCACAAAUGCUGAGCUCUUGUUGGCUGCUUUUCCUUCACUCUGCGGUUCAACUCAUCCCAAACCAUCUCAAUUGGGUUGAGGACAGGUGAUUGUGGAGGCCAGGUCAUCUGAUGCAGCACUCCAUCACUCUCCUUCUUGGUCAAAUAGCCCUUACACAGCCUGGAGGUGUGUUUAGGGUCAUUGUCCUGUUGAAAAACAAAUGAUAGUGGACACCAAGGAACUUGAGGCUCUCAACCUGCUCCACUACAGCCCUGUCGAUGAGAAUGGGGGCGUUCUUUUUCCUGUAGUCCACAAUCAUCUCCUUUGUCUUGAUCACGUUGAGAGAGAGGUUGUUGUCCUGGCACCACAUGGCCAGGUCUCUGACCUCCUCCCUAUAGGCUGUCUCGUCGUUGUCAGUGAUCAGGCCUACCAUUGUUGUGUCAUCGGCAAACAUAAUGAUGGUGUUGGAAUCGUGCCUGGCCAUGCAGUCAUGAGGGAACAGGGAGUACAGGAGGGGACUGAGUACGCACCCCUGAGGGGCCCCCGUGUUGAGGAUCAGUGUGGCUGAUGUGUUGUUACCUACCCCUUACCAUCUGGGGGCGGCCCGUCAGGAAGUCCAGGAUCCAGUUGCAGAGGGAGGUGUUUAGUCCCAGGGUCCUUAGCUUAGUGAUAAGCUUUGAAGGCACUAUGGUGUUGAACGCUGAGCUGUAGUCAAUGAAUAACAUUCUCACAUAGGUGUUCCUUUUGUCCAGGUGUGAAAGGGCAGUGUGGAACGCAAUAGAGAUUGCAUCAUCUGUGGAUCUGUUGGGGCGGUAUGCAAAUUGGAGUGGGUCUAGGAUUUCUGGGAUAAUGGUGUUGAUGUGAGCCAUGACCAGCCUUUCAAAGGACUUCAUGGCUACAGACGUGAGUGCUACGGGUCGGUAGUCAUUUAGGGAGGUUACCUUAGUGUUCUUGGGCACAGGGACUAUGGUGGUCUGCUUGAAACAUGUUGGUAUUACAGACUCAGACAGGGUCUGUAAUACCAACAUGUUGAAAAUGUCAGUGAAGACACUUGCCAGUUGGUCAGCGCAUGCUCGGAGUACACGUCCUGGUAAUCCGUCUGGCCCUGCGGCCUUGUGAAUGUUGACCUGUUUAAAGGUCUUACUCACAUCGGCUAUGGAGAGCAUGAUCACACAGUCGUCUAGAACAGCUGGUGCUCUCAUGCGUGUUUCAGUGUUACUUGCCUCGAAGCGAGCAUAGAAGUAAUUUAGCUCGUCUGGUAGGCUCGUGUCACUGGGCAGCUCGCGGCUGUGCUUCCCUUUGUUGUCUGUAUUAGUUUGCAAGCCCUGCCACAUCCGACGAGCUCGGAGCCGAUGUAGUACGAUUCGCUCUUAGUCCUGUAUUGAUGCUUUGCCUGUUUGAUGGUUCGUCGGAGGGCAUAGCGGGAUUUCUUAUAAACUUCUGGGUUAGAGUCCUGCUCCUUGAAAGUGGCAGCUCUACCCUUUAGCUCAGUGGGGAUGUUGCCUGUAAUCCAUGGAUUCUGGUUGGGGUAUGUACAUACAGUCACUGUGGGGACGACGUCAUUGAUGCACUUAUUGAUGAAGCCAGUAACUUAUGUGGUGUACUCAUCAAUGCCAUCGGAAGAAUCCUGGAACAUAUUCCAGUCUGUGCUAGCAAACCAGUCCUGUAGCUUAGCAUCUGCUUCAUCUGACCACGUUUUUAUUGACCGAGUCACUGGUGCUUCCUGCUUUAGUUUUUGCUUGAAAGCAGGAAUCAGGAGGAUAGAAUUACGGUUAGAUUUGCCAAAUGAAGGACGAGGGAGAGCUUUGUACGCGUCUCUGUGUGUGGAGUAAAUGUGGUCUAGAGUUUUUUUCCCUCUGAUUGCACAUUUAACAUGCUGGUAGAAAUUACGUAAAACGGAUUUAAGUUUCCCUGCAUUAAAGUCCUCGGCCACUACGAGCGCCGCCUCUGGAUGAGCGUUUUCCUGUUUGCUUAUGGCCGUAUACAGUUCAUUGAGUGCGGUCUUAAUGCCAGCAUUGGUUUGUGGUGGAAAAUAGACAGCUACGAAUAAUAUAGAUGAAAACUCUCUUGGUAGAUAGAGUGGUCUACAGCUUAUCAUGAGAUACUCUACCUCAGGCGAGAAAAACCUUGAGACUUCCUUAGAUAUCGUGCACCAGCUGUUGUUUACAAAUAUACAUAGACCGCCACCCCUUGUCUUACCAGAGGCUGCUGUUCUAUCCUGCUGAUACAGUGUAUAACCAACCAGCUGUAUGUUAUUCAUGUCGUCGUUCAGCCACGACUCGUUGAAACAUAAGAUAUUACAGUUUUUAAAGUCCCAUUGGUAGGACAUACGUGCUUGUAGUUCAUCCACUUUAUUAUCAAGCGAUUGUACGUUGGCCAAUAGUAUCGAUGGUAAAGGCAGAAUAGCCACUCGUCGCCGGCUCCUUACCAGGCAGCUUGAUCUCCUUCCGCGAUAUCUCAUUUUCUUUCUACUGCGAAUGACUGGAAUGAGGGCCCUGUCGGGUGUCUGGAGCAAAUCCCUCUCGUUCGACUCAUUAAAGAAAAAUUAGCCAUCCCCUCCGGCACCAUUACAUACCAACAGGUGUCAUGCUUGUAGUGUCUCACCCAAGAAGAUUCGAGGCUGUAAUUGCUGCCGAAGAUGCUUCAACUAAGUACUGAGUAAAGGGUCUGAAUACUUAUGUAAAUGUUAUAUUUCCGUUUUUAAUUUUUAAUACACUUUCAAAAAAUUCAAAAAAUGUGUUUUUGCGUUGUCAUUAUGGGGUAUGGUGUGUAGAUGGAUGAGGGAUAAAAAAGAAAGUUUGUAACGUAACAAAAUGUGGAAAAAGUCAAGGGGUCUGAAUACUUUCAGAAUAUACUGAAGUACUGAAAUUCCCACCUAAGAAACAUAUGGUUUUCAGAACGUUAUGUGCUAGCUGGGUAUCCUGCACCAUUCCUGAACUUUGUUGGAAUGUUGUAUGCAAAAUAACAAUAGGAAAACCAAGCUUCCAUCAAGCUCCAAGAAACAUAUGGUUCUAAGAACGUUAUGUGCUAGCUGGGCAGUGUUCUCCUAUCCUACUGCAAUCCACACUAUAUUCUGAACAAAACAUUUUAGACAUAUUAUUUCAACAUAACUUUAAUUCAGGAAUUGGAUAGGUGUCUAUUACUUUCAAUUCUGACAGUUUUCAAUACAUCAAAUUCAUUUAAUUUACAACUCAAUCCCAGAAUUGACUAGGUUAAAAUGCAAACACCCCGACCCUGUUGUAUAUUACAGUACAUGUUUAAUAUACAGUAAGUGAACAAAACAUGAAGAACACCUUCCUAAUAUUGAGUUGCACCCCCCCUAUUUUGCCCUCAGUUCAGCCUCAAUUCGUCGGGACAUGGUCUCUACAAGGUGUCGAAAGCGUUCCACAGGGAUGCUGGCCCAUGUUGACUCCAAUGCUUUCCACAGUUGUGUCAAUUUGGCUGGAUGUCCUUUGGGUGGUGGACCAUUCUUGAUACACACGGGAAACUGUUGAGCGUGAAAAAUCCAGCAGCGUUGCAGUUGUUGACACAAACCGGUGCGCCUGGCACCUACUACCAUAGGCACUUAAAUAUUUUGUCUUGCCCAUUCACCCUCUGAAUGGCACACAUACACAAUCCAUGUCUCAAUUGUCUCAAGGCUUAAAAAUCCUUCUUUAACCUGUAUCGUCCCCUUCAUCUACAGUGAUUGAAGUGGAUUUAACAAGUGACAUCAAUAAGGGAUCAUAGCUUUUACCUGAAUUCACCUGGUCAGUCUGUGUCAUGGAAAGAGCAGGUGUUCAUAAUGUUUUGUGCUCAUUGUUUGUAGGGGAACUUUGGCAGUGUUGAGCUGUGCCGAUAUGAUCCUCUGGGGGACAACACAGGCGAGCUGAUUGCUGUGAAGAAGCUACAGCCCAACAAGCAGUCAAACCUGGAUGAUUUUCAAAAGGAGAUCAACACCAUUCGCUCCCUGCAUUGUGACUACAUCGUCAAAUACAGGGGUGUCUGCUACAGCAUGGGUAAAAACAUACAACUUCAUUUUUACACCAUGACCCCAUUUAUUAGGCUGUAUGAAAUCGAGGUGGUUUGCAGCCGUACCACAGUUGAUAUCAUGGCAAACAUACCCGUUCUAUCAUCAAGUGUAUCUAGACAAAGUGAUAUUUUAAGUUUGUUGGGGCUUUCCGGUAUCCUUUUCAGUCAAUGUCAAUGGACCAUGCAAUAUUCAGUGGACCAUACAACAGUCAGUGGACCAUAAAAUGGGCUGAAAUCUUUGUCAUCUUCAUAAUCAUAGCUGAAAUACCAUCCUUUGAAAGCUUUAGGCCAUCUAAAAACUGUCUUUGUAAACCAUAUCUUUAUUAGGUUCUUCAAUUGACCCUCUCUGUUAUUUGUACUUAGUCAACACACUGAAUAGAAUAUAAAUAUUUAUUUCUCCCAGAGGGAACUUCUUUCUUUAUAGAAAGGACUUUCUCUUCAUAGUCUUGGACAAACAUGUAAAUGAUUAGGUACUGUAGUAGAAGGAAGAACCUUCAGCCUAUAUGCAAAUGAUAUCUGUUUCAAGGAAGGAAUGUUUGUGUUAACUCUCUGCUCUGCAUGUUCAUCCACAUUUCGGGUAGGUCGCCUAAGCAUGAGCCUGGUGAUGGAGUAUUUGCCCUAUGGCAGUCUGAUUGGAUACCUGGAGAAGAACCGGCAGCACGUCAACAGCAGGCGGAUGUUGCUCUUUGCCUCUCAAAUCUGUAAAGUACGAGCCCAAUUCUAAUCACAAAAUUCUGGCAAUUCCAUGCAAGAUUGUCUAUCUCUAGACAUUGUAUAGGGGAAAAACCUAAUUUGUGUUGUUUUGCACACUUAGGGAUUGGAGUACUUGCAGAGCAUGCGUUACGUGCACCGGGAUCUAGCUGCGAGGAACAUUCUGGUUGCAAGUGACACACUGGUCAAAAUAGCUGAUUUUGGCUUGACCAAGAUCAUUCCCUUUGACAAGGAGUACUACAGAGUAACACAUCCUGGAGAAAGCCCAAUUUUCUGGUAACUGCCACUGCAUUUGGAAUUUAGGCCUCGAGUCAAUCCGAUCGGCAGUGGUGGAGGUGUAACUGUGUUAUCUGACAAAUCGGUGAGCAGCUGCUCUUACAGUGCAUUCGGAAACUAUUCAGACCCCUUGACUUUUUCCACAUUUUGUUACGUUACAGCCUUAUUAAAAAAUGUAUUAAAUUGUUUUCCCCCCCUCAUCAAUCUACACAUAAUACCCCAUAAUGAAAAAGCAAAAACAGGUUUUUAGAAAUUUUUGCAGAUGUAUUAAAAAUAAAACACUGAAAUAUCCCAUUUACAUAAGUAUUCAGACCCUUUACUCCGUACUUUGUUGAAGCACCUUUGGCAGCGAUUACAGCCUCAAGUCUUCUUGAGUAUGACGCUACAAGCUUGGCACACCUGUAUUUGGGGAGUUUCUCCCAUUCUUCUCUGCAGAAACUCUCAAGCUUUGUCAGGUUGGAUUGGGAGCGUCGCUUCACAGCUAUUUUAAGGUCUCUCCAGAGAUGUGCGGGCUCUGGUGUCCAGGCUCUGGUGGGCCACUCAAGGACAUUCAGAGACCUGUCCCGAAGCCACUCCUGCGUUGUCUUGGCUGUGUGCUUAGGGUCAUUGUCCUGUUGGAAGGUGAACCUUCGCUCCAGUCUGAGGUCCUGAGCGCUUUGGAGCAGGUUUUCAUCAAGGAUCUCUCUGUACUUUGCUCCGUUCAUCUUUCCCUCAAUCUUUCCCUCAAGUCUCCCAGUCCCUGCUGCUGAAAAACAUCCCCACAGCAUGAUGCUGCCACCCCCAUUCUUCACUGUAGGGAUGGUGCCAGGUUUUCUCCAGACGUGACGCUUGGCAUUCAGGCCAAAGAGUUCAAUUUUUGUUUCAUCAGACCAGAUAAUCUUGUUUCUCAUGGUCUGAGAGUCCUUUAGGUGCCUUUGGCAAACUCCAAGCGGGCUGUCAUGUGCCUUUUACUGAGGAGGUCUUCCAUCUGGUCACUCUACCAUAAAGGCCUGAUUGGUGGAGUGCUGCAGAGAUGGUUGUCCUUCUGGAAGGUUCUCCCAUCUCCACAGAGGAACUCUGGAGCUCUGUCAGAGUGACCAUUGGGUUCUUGGUCACCUCCCUGACCAAGGCCUUUCUUCCCCGAUUGCUCAGUUUGGCUGGGCGGCCAGCUCUAGGAAGAGUCUUGGUGGUUCCAAACUUCUUCUAUUUAAGAAUGAUGGAGGCCACUGUGUUCUUGGGGAUUUUCAAUGCUGCAGAAAUGUUUUGGUACCCUUCCCAGAUCUGUGCCUCGACACAAUCCUGUCAAGGAGCUCUACGGACAAUUCCUUCGACUGCAUGGCUUGGUUUUUGCUCUGACAUGCACUGUCAACCGUGGGAUCUUAUAUAGACAGGUGUGUGCCUUUCCAAAUCAUGUCCAAUCAAUUUAAUAUACCACAGGUGGACUCCAAUCAAGUUGUAAAAACAUCUCAAGGAUGAUCAAUGGAAACCAGAUUGACCUGAGCUCAAUUUCGAGUCUCAUAGCAAAGGGUAUGAAUACUUAUGUAAAUAAGGUAUUUCUGUCUUCUAUUUUGUAUACAUUUGCAAAAAUGUCUAAAAACCUGUUUUCACUGUGUGUUGUUAUGGUUCUGGAUGGCCAUAUAGCUAGCAACAAUGACAAGAAACUGCCAUGUGGUGAAUCGUAAGGGACUGUUCGUUAUUUAUAAUGAGGGAUACCUGGAGAAAAUCGGACCUCUCUGAAAUAAAAAUGGAUGGCCCUCUCUUCAGUAAAAUAUAUUUUCACCUGACCCUCCCUGAACACUUGAAAAAAAAACAAGUGACGCUACCCUAUACCCAAAAUAAUAAUUAAAACAAAGUGGAUAGCAGAGAACAUGCCUACCGUUUAGCCUUACUCUUAGGACAGACCAGAGUCUUAGAUAUACCGUUUUAGAAACUGUUCUUUGUUUUGUUAGCAUUGCAUGGCAAAGUAGCCAGAAGGUUGUGGAUUCACAGACCACCGCGGACAAGAGUGAAAAGAUCUCCAUUAUAAUAAAAGCACUGCAUGAAUCUAGCAUCUUAUUUGCGGUCCGAGAAUUCUACGUCAUUUUAGAUGACUGGAGAUGAGCAGAAUCUUUUUUAUUUCCACAACAGAGCAUGACAGCAAAUGAGCGCAUGCUGCAGCAAUGGAGAUAUUUUCGAUCCAUCAAUGAAUUCGAGAAACACAGUAGCCGCAAAUCAUCAACUAGGCCUAUAUGCACUUUUUUUGCAUUUUGACAGGAAGUCAAUUUUCUUGCUUCACUGAGUGUAACAGUUUUGCUUCCGUCCCUCUACUUGCCCCUACCUGGGCUUGAACCAGGGACCCUCUGCACACAUCGACAACAGUCACCCUCGAAGCACCGUUACCCGUCGCUCCACAAAAGCCAAGGGAAACAACUACUUCAAGGUCUCAGAGCGAGUGACGUCACCGAUUGAAAUGCUACUAGCGCGCACCGCUAACUAGCUAGCCAUUUCUGUGGUCCUCUGUAGCUCAGCUGGUAGAGCACGGCGCUUGUAACGCCAAGGUAGUGGGUUCGAUCCCCGGGACCACCCAUACACAACAAAAAAAAAUGUAUGCACGCAUGACUGUAAGUCGCUUUGGAUAAAAGCGUCUGCUAAAUGGCAUAUUAUUAUUAUUUCACACCGGUUACACUCACCACCCUUUGACCUCCUCCUUUUUCCGCAGCAACCAGUGAUCCGGGUCAACAGCAUCAAUGUAACAAUGUUGCUUCCGUCCCUCUCCUCGCCCCUUCCUGGGCUCGAACCAGGGACCCUCUGCACACAUCGACAACAGUCACCCUCGAAGCACCGUUACCCGUCGCUCCACAAAAGCCGCUGCCCUUGCAGAGCAAGGGAAACAACUACUUCAAGGUCUCAGAGCGAGUGACGUCACCGAUUGAAAUGCUACUAGCGCGCACCGCUAACUAGCUAGCCAUUUCACACCGGUUACAUGAGCAUGCUCUUCGCAUAGCCUAGGCCUAUUGCCUAUAAUAUAGGCUAUGGAUCAUUUGAUUGAGACCAAACUAGGCGCACUUGACAUUGCGCGCCAAGCAGAGAAUCAGAGAUGAGGGGCAGCAUCGGGCACACAUCGAGACACCUUCCUAAUAUUGGACACCUUCCUAAAAUUGAGUUGCAGCCCCCUUUUGCCCUCAGAACAGCCUCAAUUCUUUGGGAUGCUGGCCCAUGUUGACUCCAAUGCUUCCCACAGUUGUGUCAAGUUGGCUGGAUGUCCUUUGGGUGGUGGACCAUUCUUGAUACACACGGGAAACUGUUGAGUGUGAAAAACCCAUCAGCGUUGCAGUUCUUGACACAAACCUACUACCAUACCCCGUUCAAAGGCACUUCAAUAUUUUGUCUUGCCCAUUCACCCUCUGAAUGGCACACAUACAGUGGGGGAAAAAAGUAUUUAGUCAGCCACCAAUUGUGCAAGUUCUCCCACUUAAAAAUAUGAGAGAGGCCUGUAAUUUUCCUCAUAGGUACAUGUCAACUAUGACAGACAAAUUGAGGAAAUAAAAUCCAUAAAAUCACAUUGUAGGAUUUUUAAUGAAUUUAUUUUCAAAUUAUGGUGGAAAAUAAGUAUUUGGUCACCUACAAACAAGCAAGAUUUCUGGCUCUCACAGACCUGUAACUUCUUCUUUAAGAGGCUCCUCUGUCCUCCACUCGUUACCUGUAUUAAUGGCACCUGUUUGAACUUGUUAUCAGUAUAAAAGACACCUGUCCACAACCUCAAACAGUCACACUCCAAACUCCACUAUGGCCAAGACCAAAGAGCUGUCAAAGGACACCAGAAACAAAAUUGUAGACCUGCACCAGGCUGGGAAGACUGAAUAUGCAAUAGGUAAGCAGCUUGGUUUGAAGAAAUCAACUGUGGGAGCAAUUAUUAGGAAAUGGAAGACAUACAAGACCACUGAUAAUCUCCCUCGAUCUGGGGCUCCACGCAAGAUCUCACCCCGUGGGGUCAAAAUGAUCACAAGAACGGUGAGCAAAAAUCCCAGAACCACACGGGGGGACCUAGUGAAUGACCUGCAGAGAGCUGGGACCAAAGUAACAAAGCCUACCAUCAGUAACACACUACGCCGCCAGGGUCUCAAAUCCUGCAGUGCCAGACGUGUCCCCCUGCUUAAGCCAGUACAUGUCCAGGCCCGUCUGAAGUUUGCUAGAGUGCAUUUGGAUGAUCCAGAAGAGGAUUGGGAGAAUGUCAUAUGGUCAGAUGAAACCAAAAUAUAACUUUUUGGUAAAAACUCAACUCUUCGUGUUUGGAGGACAAAGAAUGCUGAGUUGCAUCCAAAGAACACCAUACCUACUGUGAAGCAUGGGGGUGGAAACGUCAUGCUUUGGGGCUGUUUUUCUGCAAAGGGACCAGGACGACUGAUCCGUGUAAAGGAAAGAAUGAAUGGGGCCAUGUAUCGUGAGAUUUUGAGUGAAAACCUCCUUCCAUCAGCAAGGGCAUUGAAGAUGAAACGUGGCUGGGUCUUUCAGCAUGACAAUGAUCCCAAACACACCGCCCGGGCAACGAAGGAGUGGCUUCGUAAGAAGCAUUUCAAGGUCCUGGAGUGGCCUAGCCAGUCUCCAGAUCUCAACCCCAUAGAAAAUCUUUGGAGGGAGUUGAAAGUCUGUGUUGCCCAGCGACAGCCCCAAAACAUCACUGCUCUAGAGGAGAUCUGCAUGGAGGAAUGGGCCAAAAUACCAGCAACAGUGUGUGAAAACCUUGUGAAGACUUACAGAAAACGUUUGACCUGUGUCAUUGCCAACAAAGGGUAUAUAACAAAGUAUUGAGAAACUUUUGUUAUUGACCAAAUACUUAUUUUCAAAUAAAUUCAUAAAAAAUCCUACAAUGUGAUUUUCUGGAGAAAAAAAAUCUCAUUUUGUCUGUCAUAGUUGACGUGUACCUAUGGUGAAAAUUACAGGCCUCUCUCAUCUUUUUAAGUGGGAGAACUUGCACAAUUGGCAAUUGGUGGCUGACUAAAUACUUUUUUCCCCCACUGUACACAAUCUAUGUCUCAAUUGUCUCAAGUAAAAAAACAUAUUUAACCCUCUACAGACUAAGCCCUGUCUAAGCUGGGGGAGGAGGGGGGGGGGGGGGGGUUCUACUAAGCUACAGUGGCAAGAGAAAGUAUGUGAACCCUUUGGAAUUACCUGGAUUUCUGCAUAAAUUGGUCAUAAAAUUUGAUCUGAUCUUCAUCUAAGUCACAACAAUAGACAAACACAGUCUGCUUAAACUAAUAAUACACAAACAAUUAUACGUUUUCAUGUCUUUAUUGAACACACCGUGUAGACAUUCACAGUGCAGGGUGGGAAAUGUAUGUGAACCUUUGGAUUUAAUAACUGGUUGACCCUCCUUUGGCAGCAAAAACCUCAACCAAACGUUUUCUGUAGUUGCGGAUCAGACCUGCACAACGGUCAGGAAGAAUUUAUGGACCAUUCCUCUUUACAAAACUGUUUCAGUUCAGCAAUAUUCUUGGGAUGUCUGGUGUGAACCGCUCUCUUGAGGUCAUGCCACAGCAUCUCAAUCGGGUUGAGGUCAGGACUCUGACUGGGCCACUCCAGAAGGCGUAUUUUCUUCUGUUGAAGCCAUUCUGUUGUUGAUUUGCUUCUGUGUUUUGGGUCGUUGUCCUGUUGCAUCUCCCAAUUUCUGUUGAGCUUCAAUUGGCAGACAGUAUAGCCUUACAUUCUCCUGCAAAAUGUCUUGAUAAACUUGGGAAUUCAUUUUUCCGUCGAUGAUAGCAAGCUGUCCAGGCCCUGAGGCAGCAAAGCAGCCCCAAACCAUGAUGCUCCCUCCACCAUAUUUUACAGUUGGGAUGAGGUUUUGAUGUUGGUGUGCUGUGCCUUUUUUUCUCCACACAUAGUGUUGUGUGUUCCUUCCAAACAACUCAACUUUAGUUUAAUCUGUCCACAGAACAUCCAGGUGCUCUUUUGCGAACUUCAGACUUGCAGCAAUGUUUUUUUUGGACAGCAGUGGCUUCUUCAGUGGUGUCGUCCCAUGAACACCAUUCUUGUUUAGUGUUUUAUGUAUCAUAGACUCGUCAACAGAGAUGUUAGCAUGUUCCAGAAAUUUCUGUAAGUCUUUAGCUGACACGCUAGGAUUCUUCUUAACCUCAUUGAGCAUUCUGAGCUGUGCUCUUGCAGUCAUCUUUGCAGGAUGGCCACUCCUAGGGAGAGCAGCAACAGUGCUGAACUUUCUCCAUUUAUAGACAAUUUGUGGACUGAUGAACAUCAAGGCUUUUAGAGAUACUUUUGUAACCCUUUCCAGCUUUAUGCAAGUCAACAAUUCUUAAUCUUAGGUCUUCUGAGAUCUCUUUUGUUGUAGGCAUGGUUCACAUCAGGCAAUGCUUCUUGUGAAUAGCAAACUCAAAUUUUGUGAGUGUUUUUUAUAGGGCAGGGCAGCUCUAACCAACAUCUCCAAUCCGUCUCAUUGAUUGGACUCCAGGUUAGCGGACUCCUGACUCAAAUUAGCUUUUGGAGAAGUCAGUAGCCUAGGGGUUCACAUACCUUUUCCAACCUACACUGUGAAUGUUUAAAUGAUGUAUUCAAUAUAGACAAGAAAAAUACAAUAAUUUACGUCAAUUUGUGUUAUUAGUUUAAGCACACUGUGAUGGUCUAUUGUUGUGACUUAGAUGAAGAUCAGAUCACAUUUUAUUACCAAUUUAUGCAGAAAUCCAGGUAAUUCCAAAGGGUUCACAUACCUUUUCUUGCCACUGUAUAUGGAAUUGUUUUAAAAAGGCCAUACCAAGGAUCAUUUAGCCAUUUGAUUUUGAAUUUUAAGUUUGGCCUUACAGCUAUUAGCACAUACAAACGCAUUGAAUAACAGAUAGUCCCCACCAAAAAUCGAAAGGAAGUUUGUUCAGAAGUGUCUGUCCUAUAUCUGAGAGAUAUAAGAAAGAUCAGGAAACAUGUAUUUAACCCCCUAUUUUUGGCACUAAACUGUCUCCAUAUAUACUUCCAUUAAUUUUUUUAACUGGUACCGGGGGACCUUCAGCCUUGUGAGGCCUGUGGGGGUCCUAGAGCAAAACAACCAAUGUGUACGUGUUCGUGAGAGUCCCACCUUUCAACAGAGGUGUCAUAGUGUCAUAUUAGUGUGUAGCCCAAACUGUUCGGACGCUACAGACAGAAGUUGGCAGAUCGAUUGUACCAACUUCAGACAAGUCCCAAGACGCUUGUGGGGACAAAACAGAGAACGCCAUCGUAAUAGUAAUAAUAGUUUGUAGGCCAAACCGUUCGGACGCUACAGAUAAUUUUGUGAGACGACCGAUUUUCGGGAUGUCUCAUGGUCUGACAAAUACCGCUCUAGCUCUGUCACUUUCAUAGCAGUUGCGGAAGUGCAUCAUGCAUGGAUUCGGGGCAUUGAGACGCAUCCAAUGCAAAACAACAGCUAUCUCUAGCUUAAAUUGACCGAUUUUUAUGGGGAUUUUUAAAAUUAUAUAAAUUAGAUUUUCGCGGGGGUGCGGACAUCAACUCUAGGAGUUUUAACCUGUCUCCCCCCUUCAGCUACACUGAUUGAAGUGGAUUUAACAAGUUACAUCAAUAAGGGAUCAUAGCUUUCAGCUGGAUUCACCUGGUUAGUCUAUGUCAUGGAAAGAGCAAGUGUCCUUAAUGUUUUGUGCAAUCAGUGAAAUAAGCAACUAAUUAGAAAUUACAUGACCCUCCCCUGGACCAAAUAAAAAAAUACUAAACCCUCCCCCCUGACUGAAUUUGAAAAAGCAAGACCCUCCUCCAUCUUCCUCCAUGUAACAAUACAUUUCGACCGCUCCCUAAGUGGCUAGUUUCAGCUCGUUUGAUCUUGUUCUUGAUACCAUGUCCUGUUUUGCGGUGUUUUGACUGAUGUCAAGUCAAUCCUAAUAUGGCAAAAAAUGUGGCUAGCUAGCUUGCUAACAAACAACUGUAAUUAAGUAUUUGAGACAAGUGCUCAUUGUGCAACUUUAUUUGUUUUCAAUAAACAUUGGAGACGGAAUAUAGUUUACAUGUUAUCAACAAUCUAAGCGAACCACGUCUGUUUGCCCCAUAGUUGCACACGCGUCGGUUUUGUUGCUAAACAAUCAACCCGUCUAUUGAACAUCACACAUUAGAGUGUUUGAACUUGUAACCCGGCUGCAUGGGAUUUGACGGAUAUAAAGUCGGAUGUGGUUUUGUUGCAUCCAAUGGCAGUGUCCGCGAUAAGGUAACGCGAGGAGCCACUUGUGGAUUUGACAGCUCUAACACAGUUCCACCUCCGACACCGUCAAAACAACCGCUAUGCUUACUUACUUACUUACUUACUUUAUUGUCCCCAUGGGGAAAUUUUGUUGCAGUGUCAUGUACACAUUUAAAGUGGCGUUAAAUACAAAACAAGAUUGACAAUACAACUUUCAAUAACAGUCACGCACCAAUAAAAGUAAGAAAUAAGAAAUAAAACAUUUAAAACAUUUAAAACAAAGACUAGCCUGCUGGCCUUACGGGGUCAAUGGGAACAUUUGCCCGAGCUAUUUAAGAGGGAUAUCACACCUGGCACAAAUGAUUGUCUCGUUCUAUUUUUCCUGCUGAGGGGUGCCCUAUACCUACGCCCAGAGGGGAGUAAUUCAAAGUCCAGGUACAGGGGGUGACUUGGGUCUAAAAUGAUUUUGUGAGCCUUACGGAGGGCCCUGACCUUAAAGAUCUCAUCCAGGCCUGUCUGUUUGACUCCAAGUACCUUACUUGCUGUGGUAAUAAUCCUUCUCAGCAUGUUUCUCUGACUGACAGUGGCAUUGCCAAACCAACAAACAAUACAAAAAGUUAAAAUACUCUCAAUAAAGGAUUUGUAAAACAGAGUCAAUAUAGUACAGUCUAUAUUAAAAGAACCCAACUUUUUUAGAAAGUACAGUCUCUGUUGGCUCUUUUUGUAGAUCUGGUCUGUACAUUUACUCCACUGAAGCUUACUGUCCAAAAAGACACCCAGAUAUUUAUAUUCCUCUACAAUCUCUAUAUUCUGGCCUCUGAUAGAUGUGGACAAGCGGAUGGGAGAAUCAUACCAAUUCCUAAAGUAUCAAAUUCUAUCAGUCGCCUAGCCCGAAUCUGAUAGAAUCCAGCCCUUACUUUGAACUCGUGUGGAAAUGACAUGAUCUACUUCAGUGUUCUUCCUGAGACACUUGUCACCUUUUCACACUACUGAUCCAAGCCGAACUGUACUGCGCUAGCCAGGAUACACAUCCAUCAAUGCUGCUGGAACAAAGUGAAAGUACAGUAUGGUUAGGGUCAGCACAGUAGUGUGAAAAUGAUAUUAGUAUGUGCACAUUUCUGUUCACGCACCUGGUUCGAAAAGAAUCAAGGGCAAAUUCACUUUGAUGUGUUGCUGAUAGCAUCUGCAUUUUCUACGGAAAUUAGCUCUAAAGCGAGUUGUCUUCUAAGGCUCCAAUGUCCUCUUCACACCCAGGUAUGCCCCAGAAUCCAUCACAGAGUCCAAAUUCUCCCACAAGUCAGAUGUCUGGAGUUUUGGAGUCGUCCUUCAUGAGCUCUUCUCCUAUUGUGAGCACAACAGCAACCCAAAGAGGGUAAGUGGCUAAACCAAGCCUUAAUAAAUUGUUUUACUGGCCUCAUUAAACAUGUUUGUCAGGUUGAGCUCUCUCUAGUCCACCCACAUUUACAUUACUUUAAAUUCAUACAAAAUAUGUAUUUUUUUGUGAAUGAUUUCAACUCAAUUAUUAAGAUGGAAGGAAACAGGCAUUACCUGUCCAUAAAUGCCGAAUUUGAUUCUGACAUAUUUUCUCCCAUCCGCUUGUCCACAUCUAAAGUUAUACAUGCAGGAGAUUGGCAAUGACAUGCAGGGUCCCUCCAUUUCAAUGCAUCUGGUUGAUAUCCUGAAGGACAACUGGAGAUUGCCUGCCCCACCAUACUGCCUUUCCAGGGUAAGACACACCUUCCACAGCCGUAGGGCCAGUUCGAUCACAAAUAAUAUCCAUUUCCAAGGGUAGGACUGAAAAGAUUGUUUUUGCACAGUGGGAGAGAAGGUAAAAUGUAAACCGGAGUAUCCAAUUUCACCUCCAGUUUCACAUAGUACAAAUUACAUGAUUAACGGAACAUGCUGACAAUGCAAAAGGAAUGCUUUUCUACCUGCAUACCAAUUAUCUGUCCUUUCUCCCGAAUGUUGUGUAUAGUUGCACUAAAACUGGUUAGCACUAUAUAAAUGGUUUAUUGUUACCAAAGUACAAUUAUUAGCUGUUUUCUUAUUUCCAUGAUAACAAUACACACCACUAAGGUAUGCACGUGUUCCCUAUAACUAGUCCAUGCUUACAACUACCCAAUGCUUUUAAAUACGUGGAGAGGAGUGCACUAAGUUACACUUUGAGAGAAAUAAAUGAAUAUUUAUCCUGUGAUGCAUCUUUACAGGAAUAGACAUAGGGAUGCCUCAGGUUUGAAAGUGAUUAUUUUGCUUUUUUUUGUAACCUUAUAUUGUUUUAUUUGUCAGGUUUAUAGUAUGAUGAUGAGGUGCUGGGCAUACUGCGCUGAGGAACGGCCAACUUUCUCCACCCUUGGAGAUCAGAUUGAGACCAGCAUCCAGGAUGAGAGAGAAGGUUCAAAAGGAUGA